AUGGCGACCGAUUCCGCGACCGGCAUCACCGUCUACGGCGCUGAAUGGUGCCCGGACUGCCACCGAUCCCGCAACUAUCUGGACAGCCAGCAGGUGACCUAUGAGUACGUGGACGUCGACGGGGACGACACGGCGCAGGCCUACGUCAAACAGGUCAACGACAACCGGUUGAUCAUCCCCACGAUCAUAUUCCCUGACGGAUCGAUCCUGGUGGAACCGUCCAACGCCGAACUGGCGCGAAAACUGCGGCAGUAA